AUGGCCCAAUCUUACGAACCCUACGAGCCCAACGAACCCCCUACCCACAUUCCAUCUUUCGUGAGGCAGCUCACUCCUUACGUCAAGACGGAGCAGGAAACCCUCCGCAUCCGCCAGGUCUUGACAUCCUACCUUCGAUCCCUGAUCGUCUUCAACGACGACACUGCCCAUGCCUCCCACCUUGCUCUCUGCGCGCCCGCAGACGCAGUCCAAGAUGUUAAGCGCAUCCCGAUCGAACUCACCGGCCUGAGGAAAGAAUACCUGAAGGCAUUGCAAGCAAAUGUAGCCGCCAGGAAGGAGUUCAAUGGCUUAUCCGACGAUGUGGCCUCCCUGAGACGCCAGAGGGUGUCUCGCACACGCCCUGCUGACCCCGCCGAUCCGCAGGAACCCGGCGCGGACCUGCGUGAUUACCUUUUGCUCCUGCGGGAUCGCCGACGCCAUUCCAAGCUCCAGAUCUUCCAGCAUUACUUGGAGGAGUUUAGACAGAAAGGAGCUACAACGGUGGAUCUGGGCGAAGAGAGCAUCGCGCAGCAAUCGGUGUUACCAGAGGGACUGGAAACGGAUACAAGUGGUGGUCGAAAUGGGACCGAUACAGAUCUAGAUGGACUUGUGCACAAGCUCGAAAGAGCUGUGGUGCGUGCCCGUACACAAUUGGACCAGGAGAAACGCUUGUUCGAGAAAGCUAAGGCGCAACACGAUUCCCGAGAGGAGACAUCUGAAGAUCUCACAACCGCUGUAAAGGCACAGGCAUUGCAGCGAACACGCGAUGAGUUGGUACAAUGGGUUGAAGAACGGCUGGUCAGCGAGGUAGACCCCGAUGAAAGUCUGGUGCAAGAUAUGCCGCCCGAGGAGAUUGAAAAGGCCCAACGGUUACUAGAAGAGCAGAAGGCUCAUAUUAAAGAACAAUAUGAGGCUUAUCUACAGGCUCGACGGCAGCUUCUCGAUGUUGCGUCUAGGGCUUGCCAACCUGCCACUGUGCCUCCGAAGCCACCAUCUCGUUCUACCUAUAGAAUGGAAAUCCCCCCAGAGGAGAUCUCGCCUCCAAUCCCGGUUGAUGUUUUGUCCUAUGCAACUGAGACUCUGAUCCCACUGUCCAAGAGCCAAAAAUCAUUGGCCCUCCAAAAGUCCUACCUUUCUGCACUCCUUGCUAAAGAGAAAUCCACAACCCUGCGAGCUUUACACCGUCUCCGCGACGAGAGCCACCUGCUCCACGAGUAUCCCAUGCUCGCGCACCAACCCCGCUUCAAACAUGCUGUUGCAGCCCUUAGCUCGCGCAAUUCUUCCCAAUCACCCGACGAGAAGCAGUCCGACGAACUUGUCAGUCUGGCUGAGGCAUGGUCAUUUGCCUCUGAUGCUGCGGCCUCUAACGAGCGAGAAUACAUUCAGCAAAAACUCUUAUUGGGAACUGAAGUCAAUCAAGAUGCACGGAAGGUCUUGGGUGAUGUUUAUGGUACUCUUAAUCAGGAUCUAGAUAGUGUUUUGCAAGAGGGUGUGGAUCCCGAACAAAGAACGACAGAUAUCUGGACCUCCGAAGCUCGCACCGUGCGAGGGACCGGCGACCACAGUGGGUCCCGUUUGGAGAAAAGACCAAAGGGUCCCUGGUCGGGAUUGAGCGGGCGCAUUGGAGUGGAAUGA